GGGAGGGACUGCUCUGUCCAUGCCCGGGCGCCAGCCACGGCUUUGAAGGGUCUCCUUGCUCGGCCCCUUAGCAGCUCCGCCACGGACUCCAGGAGGCUUCGGGAGACGUCCUGGGGCUUCCCACCCGACCCCGAUCGGACUUAAGAAGGUGAUCGCUCCGCUCUCCCUUCCUCCUUCCCGCCUCCUUCCCCCCCACUUAACUUUUUGUCUCCACUCGCCCGCAGCUCCGUCCCCUCCGCGCAAACCCACCCGCGUCUGUGACAACUGCCGGGGCAUGGGCCCCCCAGCACGGCUCCUGGAGGCCUCGCGGCACUGCAAGAUGUGAGAGGCCCGGGUCCGGCAGAGCCAGAGCUUCGGGAGAGGAGCUGAUAGCCCCCAGCCUCCACACGCAAGCGAGGCCGCCGUGCGCACUGCGCCCCCGCGGUGCUGAGCGUCCCGGAGCGCCCAACCCUGGGCCGGAACGUUUAGCUGGCCGGAGGCGCGCCGCGGAGAGCAGGCUGUCAUGCCCUAUUGAUCCCCCCGCCCCCCGCCAAGUAUGUUUGGGCUGGACCAGUUUGAGCCCCAGAUCAACAGCAGGAACGCUGGCCAGGGCGAAAGGAACUUUAACGAGGCCGGACUAAGCAUGAAUGCCCACUUCAAGGCCCCGGCUUUCCACGCGGGGGGACCCCCUGGCCCCGUGGACCCUGCCAUGAGCGCGCUGGGCGAGCCCCCGAUCUUGAGCAUGAACAUGGAGCCUUACGGCUUCCACGCGCGUGGUCACUCGGAGUUGCACGCGGGGGGGCUGCAGGCACAGCCGGUGCACGGAUUCUUUGGAGGCCAGCAGCCGCACCACGGCCACCCGGGAGGCCACCACCCCCAUCAACAUCACCCCCACUUUGGGGGCAACUUCGGCGGUCCGGACCCAGGGGCCUCAUGCCUGCACGGGGGUCGCCUACUUGGCUACGGGGGCACUGCCGCCGGCCUGGGCAGCCAGCCGCCCUUCGCUGAGGGUUAUGACCACAUGGCGGAGAGCCAGGGGCCCGAGAGCUUCGGCCCGCAGAGACCCGGGAACCUCCCGGACUUCCACAGUUCGGGCGCCUCGGGCCAUGCGGUGCCUGCCCCAUGCUUGCCGCUGGACCAGAGCCCUAACCGAGCCGCCUCCUUUCACGGCCUGCCCGCCUCCAGCGGCUCCGAUUCCCACAGUCUGGAGCCCCGAAGGGUGGCGAACCAAGGAGCCGUCGACUCGCUGGAAUACAAUUACCCUGGCGAGGCGCCCUCGGGACAUUUCGACAUGUUUUCGCCCUCCGAUUCCGAAGGGCAGAUGCCUCAUUAUGCGGCGGGUCGCCAGGUUCCCGGGGGCUCCUUCCCCGGUGCCUCGGCCAUGCCCAGAGCUGCAGGUAUGGUGGGCUUGUCCAAAAUGCACGCCCAGCAGCAGCAGCAGCAGCAACAGCAGCAGCAGCAGCAGCAGCAGCAACAGCAGCAGCAGCAGCAGCAGCAGCAGCAGCAACAGCAACAGCAGCAGCAGCAGCAGCAGCACGGCGUGUUCUUCGAGAGAUUCGGCGGGGCCCGCAAGAUGCCGGUGGGUUUGGAGCCGGGAGUAGGCUCCAGGCACCCGUUAAUGCAGCCUCCCCAGCAGGCCCCGCCACCCCCUCAGCAGCAGCCCCCGCAGCAGCCGCAGCAGCCUCCGCCGCCGCCGCCGCAGCAGCCGCCGCCACCCGGGCUUCUGGUCCGACAAAAUUCGUGCCCGCCGGCGCUCCCGCGGCCCCAGCAGGGCGAGGCGGGCACGCCCAGCGGCGGCCUGCAGGACGGGGGCCCCAUGCUGCCCAGUCAGCACGCACAGUUCGAGUAUCCCAUCCACCGGCUGGAGAACCGGAGCAUGCACCCUUAUUCGGAGCCUGUGUUCAACAUGCAGCACCCCCCUCCCCAGCAGGCGCCCAACCAGCGGCUGCAGCAUUUCGACGCGCCCCCCUACAUGAACGUGGCCAAGAGGCCGCGCUUUGACUUCCCGGGCAGCGCGGGAGUGGACCGCUGUGCCUCGUGGAACGGCAGCAUGCCCAACGGCGCUUUGGACAACCACCUCUCGCCCUCCGCCGCCUAUUCGGGCCUCCCCGGCGAGUUCACGCCGCCCGUGCCCGACAGCUUUCCCUCAGGGCCACCCCUGCAGCAUCCGGCCCCGGACCACCAGUCCCUGCAGCAGCAGCAACAGCAGCAGCAACAGCAGCAGCAGCAGCAACAGCAGCAGCGCCAAAACGCAGCCCUCAUGAUUAAGCAGAUGGCGUCGCGGAAUCAGCAGCAGCGGCUGCGCCAGCCGAACCUGGCUCAGCUAGGCCACCCCGGGGACGUGGGCCAGGGCGGCCUGGUACACAGUGGCCCGGUGGGCGGCUUGGCCCAGCCGAACUUUGAGCGCGAAAGCGCGGGCGCGGGGCGCCUGGGCACUUUCGAGCAGCAGGCGCCUCACUUGGCGCAGGAGAGCGCGUGGUUCCCAGGUCCGCACCCGCCGCCGGGUGACCUGCUGCCCCGCAGGCUGGGCGGCUCUGGCCUGCCGGCUGACUGCGGCCCGCACGACCCCGGCCUGGCGCCGCCCCCUCCCCCCGGCGGCUCCGGAGUGCUGUUCCGUGGCCCUCUGCAGGAGCCGCUGAGGAUGCCCGGAGAGGGCCACGUGCCCGCGCUGCCCUCCCCCGGCCUGCAGUUCGGGGGCAGCCUGGCCGGCCUGGGCCAACUGCAGUCGCCUGGGGCUGGGGUGGGACUGCCCAGCGCUCCCUCCGAGCGCAGGCCCCCGCCGCCGGAUUUCACAGCACCGGCGCUCGGGGGCCAGCCUGGCUUCCCGUUCAGCGCGGCGAACCGGCAGGCCACGCCACACAGCGGCCCGGGCGUGAACUCGCCCCCGAGCGCGGGCGGGGGCGGGGGAGGCACGGGCGGCGGCAGCGGAGGGGGCGCCUACCCGCCGCAGCCCGAUUUCCAGCCCAGCCAGCGCACCUCGGCCAGUAAGCUGGGAGCGCUGUCGCUGGGCUCCUUCAACAAGCCCAGCUCCAAGGACAACCUGUUCGGCCAGAGCUGCCUGGCCGCACUCUCCACCGCCUGCCAGAACAUGAUCGCCAGCCUCGGGGCCCCCAACCUCAACGUGACCUUCAACAAGAAGAACCCGCCCGAGGGCAAGAGGAAACUGAGCCAGAACGAGACCGACGGCGCGGCUGUGGCCGGCAACCCGGGCUCGGAUUACUUCCCGGGGGGGACCACCCCUGGGGCCCCAGGGCCUGGAGGCCCGUCGGGGACUAGUAACAGUGGCUCCAAAGCCUCGGGGCCGCCCAACCCGCCCGCCCAGGGGGACGGCACGAGCCUCUCCCCAAACUACACCCUGGAAUCAACAUCCGGGAACGACGGCAAGCCGGUCCCCGGGGGCGGCGGCCGGGGACGGGGUCGAAGAAAAAGGGACAGUGGUCACGUGAGCCCCGGGACCUUCUUCGACAAGUACUCGGCCGCGCCAGACAGCGGGGGCGCGCCUGGGGUGAGCCCAGGGCAGCAGCAGGCGCCAGGCGCAGCCGUCGGGGGAAGCUCCACGAGCGAGGCUCGCGGGGCUCCUACGCCUCACGAGAAAGCGCUCACGUCGCCGUCGUGGGGGAAGGGGGCCGAGUUGCUCCUGGGGGACCAGUCGGACCUCAUGGCUUCCCUGGACGGCGGGGCCAAGUCGGACGGGAGUUCCCCGCACGUGGGCGAGUUUGCCUCAGACGAGGUGAGCACGAGCUACGCCAACGAGGACGAGGUGUCGUCCAGCUCCGACAACCCCCCAGCCCUGGCCAAAGCGAGUAGGAGCCCCCUGGUGACAGGCUCGCCCAAACUCCCUCCCCGUGGGGUGGGCGCUGGGGAACACGGACCUAAGGCGCCCCCGCCCCCGCUCGGCCUGGGCAUCAUGUCUACCUCUACCUCCACCCCUGACAGCUACGGCGGGGGCGCGGGCCAUCCCGGCACGCCGGGCCUGGAGCAGGUCCGGACCCCCACGAGCAGCAGCGGUGCGCCACCCCCCGACGAGAUCCACCCCCUGGAGAUCCUCCAGGCGCAGAUCCAGCUACAGAGGCAGCAGUUCAGCAUCUCCGAGGACCAGCCCCUGGGGCUCAAGGGUGGCAAGAAGGGGGAGUGCGCCGUUGGGUCCUCGGGCGCGCAGAAUGGCGACAGCGAGCUGGGCAGCUGCUGCUCCGAGGCGGUCAAGAGCGCCAUGAGCACCAUCGACCUGGACUCCCUGAUGGCAGAGCACAGCGCCACCUGGUACAUGCCCGCUGACAAGGCCUUGGCCGACGGCGCGGACGACGACAAGACGCUGGCACCUUGGGAGAAGGCCAAACCCCAGAACCCCAACAGCAAAGAAGCCCAUGACCUCCCUGCAAAUAAGGCCUCAGCCACCCAGCCGGGCAACCACUUGCAGUGCCUGUCUGUCCACUGCACAGACGACGUGGGUGACACCAAGGCCCGAGCCUCCGUGCCCACCUGGCGGUCUCUGCACUCCGACAUUUCCAACAGAUUCGGGACGUUCGUGGCCGCCCUGACUUGAAUUGACAAGAAAUGCCCCUCCCCCCCCCCCCCCCCCCACCC